AUGCACGCCCCCCCCCUCCUCCCCUCAGGCAAGAGCGGCGGCCGCCUGCGCGGCGACGACGCCCUGGAGGAGGCGGUCACCUGCAGCGCCCACGACAGCCUGCUGUUCCUGGCGGCCAGCGGCAAGGCCUUCAGCGUGCGCGCGUGGCGCGUGCCGGAGGCGUCGCGGGCGGCGGCGGGGACGGCGAUCGCGCAGGUCCUGGGGCUGAGCAGCGCGGAGCGCUUCACGGCGAUGCUGCCCGCCCCUCCUUCCUGGGACGGCGGCCGCCACCUGGUGAUGGCCACCAGGGGAGGGGCGGUCAAGAGGACGCAGCUCUCCAGCUUCGCCAGCCUCAAGACCGGGAAGAGGAGCUCUGGCGUUCUGGCCAUCAACCUGGAGGAGGGUGACUCCCUGGUUUCCGCCGGGCUCUGCGAGAAUGGGGGGGUCGUCCUGCUCACCUCCAGCAGCGGCAGGGUGGCCAACUUUGAGGUGGAUGAUGACACCUUCAGGUCCAAGGGCCGCGCGGCGGCGGCGAACAAGGGGAUGCGGCUCAAGCCCGGGGAGCAGGUCGUGUCGAUGAGCAUCCUUUUGCCGCAGCAGGCCGCGGCGGCGCGCUCGCAGCGCGCCGCGCUCGCUGCGGCCGGCGAGGACGAGGGGGAGGACGACGACGGCGAUGAUGUCACCGGCAGCGUGGAGCAGGAGGGGGGCGUGGACCCUGAGGAGGAGGGGCCUUGGCUGGUGGUCAUCACAUCCAAGGGCAUCGGUGGGCGCCGCUUCCGGCCGAGCGUCGGCCAAACGAGGGCGUGCGCGUUUCUGCUGCCCGGAGGGGGGGGCGCUGGUGGGACCCGCUAA